GAGGCUCGGCUGCCCUCGAUGGCGGGAUGCGAGAGGCCAGCUCCAGAUAAUCCCGCUACUUCCAAAGAACAAGCAUCAGCAGCUGAGCCAGGGAAUUCUUCUUUCUGUCACCCUGGUGCAGGGGAGAUGAGAUUUUGCAUUCAUGCAGCAGCUCAUCUGUUGUUUUCCAGGUCAGGCCCAUAGAGGAAGGAUGGAUCUCUACGACCCACAGGUGCUGGGCGUCGUGGUCUUUGGAGGGUUCGUGCUCUUCUCAGUCCUCGGGAUAGUUCUGGUGUCCACCUUUUCGAUGAAGGAGACGUCUUAUGAGGAAGCCUUGGCAAAGCAACGCAGAGAGCUGGAGAAAGCCAGCCUGCUGAAGGUGGAGAAGAAGAAGAAAGAGAAGACUCCCGAGAAGAGAGGGAAAGCUAAGAAAAGGGAGGAGAAACCCAACGGGAGAAUCCUAGAGCGAAACCUGCAUCCCGACCCUCCAGAGAGCCGUACAGCUGCAGGCCCCGAGCCUGCGCUGCUCGUUGAGCCGGUGGUCUUUCGGUCUCCAGCAGUGCCUCCUUCAGCUUCUCAGGAGAACGAGCGGCCAACUCCCCUUCCCAAGGGCAGAGAAAAGAAGGAGAAGAAAGCGAAAGUGGAGCCAGCUGCCAGCCAGCCCGUUUCUGUGCCGCCCAUUGCUGGUCCCUUGUUCGGCUGCCAAAGGUCCUGUGCUGCCCAGGACCCGGUCCCUGGUGCGGCUGCCCAAGAGCUGCCGACUGCGCCCCCUGCACCGGCCGGGGUCCAGCGGGAUGCGCCGCCAGUCCUCUCUGGAAUGGUUAAAAAGCCGGAGUCCCCCGGAAGUCAAGAUGGCGCUCCAAAGAAGAAAGCCAUGGCCAAAAGGAAAAGAGAAUCCACUGCCAUGGAUGAUGAGGGAGCGCCCUGCCUUCCAUUCAAGACCUUGAUCUCCAUCGUCAGUGGCAUGGCGUUUGGUGAAGGCGAGGCGCAGCAGCUGAUUGAAACGCUGACUGAGAAAACAGGAGAUGUGCAGGACCCAUGGCUGAGGGCAACGGAGAAAGGCAACCCGGUGGCUGUGCUGAAGCGGCAACUGGAAGACCGGGAGAAGCAGCUCGCGGUGGAGCAGGAGAACACCGCUGCCGUGAAGGCGAAGCUCAAGGAGCUGACCAGGGAACUUGCGGCGGAGAAGGCUAAGAGUGUCGCUCUUGAAAACAAGUGGAAGGCGCAGCUGCUGCUGCAUGAGCAGGAGAUGUCCACCAGGCAAGCAGAGAUGCAACAGCUGCAAGGAAAGAUCCGGACUCUGCAGGAGCAGCUGGAGAACGGGCCGAACACCCAGCUGGCUCGCCUGCAGCAGGAAAAUUCCAUCCUUAGAGAUGCCUUAAACCAGGCCACCAGCCAAGCCGAGAGCAAGCAAAAUGCUGAACUGGCCAAGCUGCGUCAGGAAUGUAGCAAGCUGAGCAAAGAGUUGACUGAAAAGUCGGAGGCGCUUCAACAGGCGGAAGAACAGAAAAGCACCCUGCAGGGGAAGGCCGCUACCUUUGAGAAGCAGAUUUCCCAGCUCCAGGUGUCCCAGAAGGAGAACGAAGCCCCCCUGCAGAAGAAGUUGGACGACACUCGCGAGGAGCUCGGCAGGUCUCGGGCCCGUUGUCAGAGCCUGCAGGCAGAGCUGGAAAUGGCCAGAAAGCAGCAGCAGACCAGUUUUGCUGAGCUUCAGUCUAAGUUGCUGUGCUCUGAAAUGGAGUUGAAGGGAAAGCUGGAGGAACUGAACAGUUUACAGAUCCAGCUGCCAGCAGCCACUUCCAAAAGUGUGCAGCUGGCCGAAAAGGUUGAAUUGACUGAAGCCCUCCUGGAGGCAAGCCAAAGGAGAGAAGCGGAGAAAACCAGAGCAGUGCAGGAAGCCAACCAAACAGAAGACACUCUGAUGCAGUUACGGUUCGAAGGUUCAUUGGAACAGCUCUCCGCGUUAGAGAACGAGGCUGCAGAACUAAGAGAUGUGGUGGAACACCUGAAAAUAAAAAACAGGGACAUGUCGCUGUACGUAGAAGCCGCCAGUGAGGCGCGGAGCAGCCUGCAGGCCGAAUGCGACCAGUACAGGGCCACCCUCGCCGAGACAGAAAGGAUGCUGAAGGCGUUGCAGAGGAGCGUGGAGGAGGAGGAGCAGGUGUGGGCGGCAAAGGUGUCUGCCUUGGAGGACGCGCUGCAAAAGUCCAAAGACCAAAUGAAAUGUCUCGAAGAUGAUGUGGAAAAGUUAAAGGUGGAACUGCAGAACACAGGCAAGUUGAAGGAGUGCGUGUCUCUCUUGGAAGCCCAGCUGGAAAACCACUUGGCGGCUGCGAACCUGGAGCGGCAGCGGUACACCAAAGACAUGGAAGCACUGAGGCAGCUGUUGUCCGAAUCCCAAGAACAUCUGGAUGCAACCAAGCAAGAAGCACUCAAGAAAACUCACGAGCUUGUACAGGUUCAGGAUUCAGUGCGCAGCUUGCAAGUUGAAUUGGAGAAGCUGAGGCUUGAGGGGGGAACGGCUGCCUCGGCCAAAGAGGAGGUUCUCCAGCUUCAGGGAACACUGGACAAAGAGAAGAAGUUAACAAAGGAUUUGGGAUGUGCGGCUACUAAACUAAAGGAGCUUUUGACGGUCACCCAAGAGCAGCUGGCCAAGGAAAGAGAAACUGUGAUGAAGUUGCAAAAACAGCUUGAGGAAAAGGGAGAAAAUGCAGAAAGCACCAAAGAAGGAACCUCCGUCUGAACCUCACGUCCCAGCCCAGGAUACGCAGUUCUCCGUGCUAAAUGCUUUACGUAUUCCUAAAAGAUGCGCCUCUGUGCUGCAGAGGACCACAACAAAGACAGUCGUGACCAGGAACUGCCCUGGUUUGCCAAAGGAAUAAAAGCAAACUCUGCUAGAACCA